AUGGCAAGUAAAGUCAGCCAUGGAACUAAGCCUGGUAAUAGACCAGGCGCAAUUGAAAGAACACUUUUUGCCGGAUAUAAAGUACCCGAUGAAGUUUCAAAAAUGUCCAAGUUAUUGAAAAAGAUUGAUCAUUCAAGUUACCGUAAAAUAGUAGUAGCUGUUGUUAAAGACAUCGAGGGAGACACUUCUAGCUAUCACAGAGUCCUCAAAGAAGUUAAAUCAGAAGAAUUGCCGAUUGAUAACUUUAACAUAAUUUUUGCUGGUACCAAAUUGCUUAUAGCAAGUAGUAUCAGACUACCAGAUGCAUCUCUGAAGAGCGAGGUAUUUGAAACCGAUUUACAGCAGAUGAGAAUACCGGAUGAAGUUAUACCUUAUCUGAGAGAUGCGGUAUAUGGUUCAAGUACAAUCAGUAGAUCUCUGGUGCCUAACCUCUUGCUUGAAUUGACCCUUAGCAACGGCAAAAUAUUCACUUUUGAGGUUUCUGUGGCGAAAUUUCAUGAAUUGCGAUAUAAUAUUGCUAAAGUGCUAAAGGAGAUGAAUAGUGUGGAAAACAAGAACAUCUUAAAGAUACAAGACUAA